UUGAAUUUAUCCUAGGGGGGAUCAAUAUAGGAAUAUCUUAUCUUACUUAAGUUAAGUGAGAAUAUUACGUUUGUAAAUAGCAAUGAAUAAUAAAUAAAACAUUUUGAGUAACUAGCCCAACACUGCUCAUAUCUAAAUGUGUGAGUCUGUACAGUUGGGGAGUACACUGAGAGAGGCUGGCUGACUGCAGCCGGCACUUUGUGGGCCGAGCGGAUAGGAGGCUGUGGGAGGAGCCGCAGGAUGCACAGCUGACGCGGAUCUCUGUGAUCAGACUACCCGUCUGCACGCAGGAUGAAGGAGCUGGAGAGAGACCGGGACGGAGGAGGUGGAAAAGCUGGAAGUAAGAAAGAAAAGGAUCAGAGCUGGAUUCCCAAGAUCAUCAAGAAGCGAGUGUGCAGCACUUUUGUUGAAGACUCUUUCAGUAAUGGAGCGUUGUGUCAGUGUGGUGGUGUGCGGGAGCUGCAUGACUCUGUGGCAACAGGGGACUUCUUUGGAGCAGCUAUUGUCACACAGUGGGACAGCAGGCAGCACUCUUCAGAGUGUCCCACCGACGCCUUUGGAGAGCUGGAGUUUGCCGGUGCUGGAAGCAAACACAGCCAUUUUCUGCGGCUGUCAUGUGACACAUCACCUCAGAUCAUCUACACCCUGAUGACAGCUCACUGGGGCCUGCCCUUACCCAACUUGGUGGUGUCUGUGGUGGGGGGCGAAGGCCAUGAGAAGAUCAAAACAUGGGUGAGAGAUGUCCUGAGAAAUGGGCUGGUUAGGGCUGCACAAAGCACAG